UCAAAUGUUUGUGUUUGAUUUACUUCUGUUGUAUGGCUCUAUGUAUGGCUUUAUGUAUGGCUCUAUGUAUGGCUCUAUACAUUCGAAACCGAAUGGAUAUAGAAAAACUUGGGAUUUACUUGAGGUACCAUGCCAACAUAUAUAGGAACAUUGAAGGUAGCAGCGUAGAUCCAAUCAACUUCAAGUUCCCUGCAUCUGAUAAUGUCAGACAUGACGACAAUGCAAGUCAAUUAAAUGGUCGGCCUAAUCAAAAGGAGUUUAAAUACUUUACUGAAUCCAUUGAAACAGGUAAUUCCGCUAAAGUAGCAAAAAUGGGUCCCAAUGUUUUAUGUUUUCAGCGAGACGCAGGGAAUAAAGAAGAGUCUGCCCUGAAAGUCAUAAAUGACUGCAUGUAUGAGAUGGUUUGCAACCAAGUUAGCUUUGAAGAAGCUGUCCUAACAGAUAUUGUUUCAAUACUAAAAUCCUUUCAAUUGGGCCCAAGCUCUAUAGAGCUAAUUGUUGACCUUAUCUUUGAAGGUUGUGUCUCGGAACCUAAUUCUCAUUAUUCUCUGGGGCAACUCUGUGGUGUUCUUUCUCAUUCUACAGGAGGUUUGCUUGGUUUCCGGAGCAUAUUUCUGAAUAAGGCACAGAAAGAAUUUGGGAAAUUAAAUAAAGCUCUUAACGGAACAAAAAAAGAAAUCACCAGGGCCUUGAAUUUCAGCCAGUUUAUGGCAAUACUCUUUCUGAACCUAAACAUGGUAGAUUCUGACGGGAACUUGGUUCGAUUUUCAGUUUUGGGUCGAGCCAUUCUUGGUGUGGUUGAGCAAUUAAUCAAAUAUUCAGGCAAUAGUGAUUGCAUACAGUGUGCAGCAAGUGUGUUAGAGUUGACCAUCAUACCCUUGGAGGAAGCUCUACAGGAUGAUGGCAAAGAAUCUUUAACAAGACUUGGAAAUAUAUUGCAUCGAAUUGGAACCAUGAAAAACCAUCAAUUACCAAAAUUUCACAUUCUAAUCAAACUACACUUUAAUCGGAUGUUAAAAAAGUCCUGAUGGUACAAUAAAAUAUAGCCUACCUAUUCUUAUUUUAUUGAAAGGAUAUGCCUCUGAACAUCAACAUCUUGAAGAUGCUAUUUUAGAAACACUGCAAGUGAUUAUUACCAAGUACGUUUGAUUAAUUUUUUAGCAUCUUAUUUUAAAUCCUUGAUAGAAAAUAGAACAGAACAAGUAUAAAUGAAACAAAGCACUGCAACUUUUCUUUUAAUCAAUGUUAGAAUCUUUUUGGUGCAAAAAUUUUUUUUAUUAAAAAUGACAUAAUCGUAACAACAAUUUGUAUUACAAAUGGUACCUUAAAAAACCUACUAGUGACAUUUUUGUUCAUUUCAACUUGAAGUUGUGUUUUUAUUUAAAGGCUGGCUGUAUAUUGCAUUAUAUGCAUUAAAGUAAUAUAUAAAUGACAAAUUA